AUGAAGUUCUUUACAGUCUUCACAGGAGCUGCUUCGCUGAUAGCGACCGCAACCGCACAUGGUGGAGUUGAUCAGUAUAUUGUCGGAGAUACAACAUAUGAAGGAUGGUCGCCCUACAACUCGGCUGCGGGUCAAAAGACAAUUCAGCGACAGUACUCAAGUUACGACCCUAUGUACAUCAAAGAUCUUUCUACAGUCAACAUCCGUUGCAACAACAAGGGCACGCUCGGUACAGGCGUGUCAGGUACCAUUGCCGCUGGCGCAAAGUUGAAGACACACUGGAAGCAAUGGACUCAUAGGCCGACUUCACUUCUCGUAUACAUGGCGAAAUGUCCAGGAUCUUGUGACAGCUUUGAUGGAGCAGGCAAGGUCUGGUUCAAGAUAUUCGAGCAAGGUCUUAUAUCCGGCACUGAGAACGCAGGAAUCUGGGCGGGUGAUGCCAUCCUUGACACUCUAUAUGCCACGGUCACCAUUCCAGCCACACUCGCAGCGGGUAACUACCUGAUCCGACAUGAGCUCAUCGCCGUCCAUCAGGCGAACAAUCCACAGUUCUAUCCUGAAUGCGCUCAGUUCACCGUGACAGGUUCUGGCACAGCCUCCCCUCCGUCAUCUGCGCUCGUGUCUUUCCCUGGUGCAUACACCGGAACAGAACCCGGAAUCGCUUUCAACAUCGACUCUCCCGAAGCUAUGAAGGCAACCACAUACCCUAUUCCAGGCCCCGCUGUCUGGGAUGGUACGGGGAAUGCUCCUGCUCCAGCCUGCUGCACCGACUGCAUCGGCUGCCCCUAUAUGCGAAGUAGCAAAGUAUGCGCAGUGUGGCGGUAUGACGUACAGUGGAUGCACGAACUGUGCGAGUGGAUCAACAUGCAAGGCGAACGGUGA